CUCAGCCCUGCAUAACACAGCGAUGAGAACCACAGUCAGCGAGUCUCACAACCAACAUCUGAAACGACAUGGGAUUCUCUUCUUCCUCCCGCUGGCCUGCAGCUUCUGCGCUACUGCUUUGCCUUUGCAUGACAUUAUUAUGCAGAGUCCAAGGUGAAACUCAAAAGCUUUACAUAGUUUACCUAGGUCACGUGAAGCAUGGACACCCCGACGAUGUCGUUGCUUCGCACCAUGAUAUGCUCGCCACUCUCCUGGGAAGCAAGGAAGACUCCGCGGCCUCCGUGGUGUACAACUACAAGCAUGGCUUCUCAGGCUUCGCCGCCAUGCUCACCCCAAAGCAAGCCAAGCAACUUGCAGAGUUUCCGGAGGUUGUCAGUGUAGAGCUGAGCAAAAGGCACACGACGACCACCACGCGUAGCUGGGACUUUCUUGGUCUCAACUACCAAACGCCGGCCAGUGGGCAACUCCACGGAACCAACUACGGCGAGGAUGCAUGUGGUCAAAAAAUUAACUACGGAGAAGAUGUCAUCAUCGGGGUGGUCGACACCGGGAUAUGGCCGGAGUCGAGAAGUUUCAACGACGAAGGCUACGGUCCCGUGCCAUCAAGGUGGAAAGGGAAGUGCCAAGUCGGGCCAGAUUGGGGCAUCAACAACUGCAGCCGCAAGAUCAUUGGCGCAAGGUUCUAUAGCGCGGGAAUUCCAGAUGAGAUUCUCAAGUCGGACUCGCUCUCUCCCCGUGACCACAGCCACAGCGGCCACGGCACGCACUGCGCGUCCACCGCGGCGGGCUCGGCCGUGGAGGCGGCCAGCUUCAAUGGCCUCGCCGAGGGGGUGGCACGGGGAGGCGCACCACGUGCUCGCAUCGCGGUGUACAAGGCUCUCUGGGGCGCCGAGGGCGCUGGUGGUUCGGCCACCGUGCUCGCCGCCAUCGAUGAUGCAAUCCAUGAUGGAGUGGACGUGUUGUCCUUGUCUCUCACUGUCCCGGACGAGAACUCGUUCGGGGCUCUGCACGCGGUUGAGAAGGGGAUCACGGUUGUGUACACGGCGGGUAACGAUGGUCCUAGGCCGCAGACCGUUGGGAACACUUCACCGUGGGCAAUCACCGUGGCGGCGAGUAAGAUGGAUCGGUCGUUCCCCACGGUGAUCACCCUGGGAAACAAGCAUCAGAUAGUGGGACAGUCUCUGUAUUACCAAGCGAAGAAUUCGACUAGUAGCAGUUUCACGGGUCUUGUCAGUGCUCCCCAGUGUACCGCGGAUGCACUUAAUGGCACGGACGUGGAAGGGCAAAUCCUGCUCUGCGUUCCGCAAUCAAGAGAUCAGACCGCCCUCAUCCCAGGGACAAAUUUUGUACAGGCAUUACAAUACGUCCAGAAUCGCGGAGGAAUUGGCCUUAUUUUUCCUCAAUAUACGACGGACAAUUUAGGUGCCAUCCAAGAUAUUUGCCAAGGCAUUGCAUGCGUUCUCGUGGACCGUGACACCGGGAAGCAGAUCGCCAAUUACUUGGACGCCACCAGCAUUCCUGUGGCAAAGAUUGCGCCAGCGACAACCGUAACGGGGAAAGAGGUACUGGCUCCAAAAGUGGCAUUGUUCUCCUCCAGAGGUCCAUCACCUGAUUUCCCAGACAUCAUUAAGCCUGACAUAGCCGCACCUGGAGCCAACAUCUUGGCAGCAAAGGAAGAUUCCUACGUAUUUAUGUCCGGGACAUCCAUGGCGGCCCCGCACGUAUCGGGCAUCGUCGCGGUGCUGAAAGCCCUGCACCCACACUGGUCUCCGGCGGCAAUAAAAUCAGCUAUCGUCACCUCCGCGCAUGUCACCGACGAGCGUGCCAUGCCGAUACUGGCGGAGGGGAUACCGCGGAAGACCGCCGACCCAUUCGACUAUGGGGGCGGCAACAUCAACCCUCUCGGUGCAGCUGACCCUGGACUUGUUUAUGACAUCGAUCCACGCGACUACACCAAAUUUUUCGGGUGCACCGUCUUCAACAAGACCGCCGUGUUUUGCGACGAGACGGCGCUACCGGCAUAUCACCUGAAUCUGCCUUCCCUCGCGGUCCCCGACCUGAGGCGUCCAGUCAUUGUAUCGAGGACGGUGACCAACGUCGGUGAGGUCAACUCCGUGUACCACGCCAUGGUGCAGAGCCCAGUCGGAGUCAGGAUGGAGGUCGAGCCACAUGUGCUAGUGUUCAACGCUGCAAACAAAGUGCACACAUUUAAGGUGACAUUAUCGCCGGUUUGGAAGCUACAGGGGGACUACACGUUUGGUAGCAUUACUUGGCGUAGUGACCGAAAGGUUGUUAGAAUCCCGGUAGCGGCACGGAUAACGGCCCAAGAUUUCUAUGCAGAUGUUGCAUAAUUAAGUAGGAAUAUAUAGGAAUAUAUACCGACAGCAAAAAUUGUUGUUAGCUACAAAGAACAAGGCACAAAUGGGGGUCAUCGUCUUGUAAAGGCCGGAGGACAUUUAGAGUAUGUAAUGAAUAAAGCAAGGAUAUAUGUUGCGUUGCCUACCAAAUUAAUAAAGACAUGCAAUGCGAUGCA